GGUCCCUCCUCAUGUGAUCUGCAUUAGUCCUGCUCCUCAGAGAUGGUGGAGACGACCAUGAUGCCUCUUGAAUAACAAACAUCUUCAGGGCCUGCACCUUGUAUACGGUAUAUAUGGAUAUAAUGGCCAGAGAGCAGUUUUUCAGUUUAUCCAGCAUUUAUUCAGAAGCCUCAGCAAGACAAGUGUGCGAAAUAUGGGGUUGUGAACUUAGUUCAUCGUGCAGGAAGUUUGUGUUUGAGGUUGAAGAUGACUACUUGGUGCAUCUGCUGGGAUUGUGGACGAUAUGUCUUGGAGAUACAGUAGAUGAAACUCAUUUGAUCGCGGUGGAAAGUGAACAAACACAGGGGCAGCCGGUGACUAUUGCCUCCCUCCAACCUUCUCUUCUCCCUAUGGUUAAUGUACACGACUUGGAGAUCACACUGCCUGUCACGUUCCUCCUGACAUCUGGCUCAGGCCCAGUGUACAUCUCAGGACAACAUGUAACAUAUUGAUGUAGCCUGCUGAAAAUUGAGAACCUGUCAUCUGCAAGUCCACAGCUACCCGCUAUGUUGCUGCUGAGCAAUGGAGAACACUGAUACAAUGGAUGACUUGGGCCUGUCUGCUAGAAGCCAUUCAUCAUACUCAAUAAUC